AUGUCCUCGUCUGUCCACAGACAGGCAGUCACCUUGCCAUUCGACAUCUCAAGAGAAAUCGUCUCCCUCAUCACAGAUCAGCGUGAUCUUUCUCAACUAUGCCUGAUCAGUUCAGUGAUGGGCGAACUUGCCUCCAAGCAGCUGUACAAUUCGAUCUCACUCUACGGCCUCCCGACCCUCGUCAAGCUUCAUCGUACGCUCUCUAGGAACGCGUUUCUAGCAUCUCAAGUCAGCACCCUCGAAAUUAACCUGGAUUUUUACGCACUUAAUGUGCGCAAUCGUCUGCUUGAAGACCAGGACGGUUCGUGGUGCGCUGACAAAAUAAUUCGAGGGUCUGCUUUUCUCCGCCUGGCCUUCCGCAUACUGGCGAGUCUCGUCAAGCUAAGAAAUCUCGCGAUUCGCUGGAAUUUAGGCAUGCCUGGAAUAUUGAUAUCAGCCUCUGCUGGCUUCUUCCGCCUGCCACCUGGGCUAAUCAGCGUCGAGUCGGAUACCGAGGAUAGCUGGCCGGUCUACGAUUUCGUCCGCUCUCAACCGCACUUAAAAUAUCUUGUUAUUUACAUCGAUCGCGAGGGCGAGGGUGAUGUCCCUUCCGAGAUGGUUGACGUUCUCACCGGUGGUCCUCCUCAUGGACUACGUUCCCUUGUCUCCAAUACCCACACCGUGGCCGCCUUAGUCCCAGGCCGCCCGGUCGAAGAGUUCCGCCUUACCGAACUCAUCUCGCUGAAACAACUCGAUAGGUUAUUGGAUCAUCUGAAAUUGUCGUCGGGACCACUCCGUGUCGUGGAGCUGAUACUAGAAGGCGCCGAUCAUGAGACUUUUUCGAAGAUCUGCGUUGCAGUGCCCCAGGUAAUUGAGCUAGGAGUCGUCGCCUAUUACUCCCAAUUUCAUCAUUUUACCUCUUCGCAAGCGAUGCACGCGGUCGAAGGCCUUCGGCAACUUCAGAAUCUCGUAAUCAGUAUACCUAGUAAGCUGUUGGAAGUUGGGCCAAUCCAGAUUGCCAAUGUUGGCAAAAACCUGUGCUGUGUAUGUCCCAGUUUGCAAAGGAUCGAGUUCUCGUGGAUCGACAGCUGCCGAUCGAUUUUCGAUGUGACACUGCCCAAUAAACGUUUCUUGUGGCUUGGACCAGAUGGAGAGUACACGGACAUGAGCGCAUUAAUGUACGAUACGGGAAUGUCGCCUGUAACUUGA